GAUGCGGCCUGUUUGGAACCUGAGGACUGACAGAAAAGUCAUCAAACCGCGGGCGCCCAAGCGCCCGACGUCGCGCGGAGGUCCGAGACGGGCCGGAGGGAAGCAAGACUCUCGCGAGAUGACAGAGGACUGUGACGGCUAUUCUUGGUUGUCAACUUGACUACAAUCCAGACAUGGAGGGCACACCUGGAGGGAUUGUCUCCUUGAUGUGAAGUAGAUGAACCUUCUUCUAGUCCAGACCUUUGAGAUAGGGAGACGCACACCUUUGAUCUGGGUCUUGAGAACCUACUUCUUUGGGAUUCCAACCUAUGCAGAAGACGAGCUGAGACAUCCAGCCUUGUGAGCAACUACUGAGUUCUUGGACUUUCCAUUCACAGCUAGCCAUGCUUGGAGCCAUUCCAUGAGAGAGAGAUUCAUUCCGUAAGUUCUUUGACUCUAGAGAACCCUGACUAAUACAGAUUUUGGUACUAGAAGUGGUUCUAGAGAAACAGAAGUAUCAAGAUGAAUCUUUUAAGCAUCUGGAAUAGGCUUUUCUAUUCACCAGCGCUUUCAACUACUGAAGCCUCUCCAGUCAGGGAGAAUGCUGAGAGCCCAUGGUGUGAACUGUAUUACAAACUUAAGGAGAUGGAUGCAUUUGAUUAUCCCGAUUCACCCAUUGUAAAUGGCAGUGAAUUUGGUAACUCUGUAUAUGAAACUUUUGACAGUUUGGGGGAAAAUAAGGAAAAUGAUGCUGCUGGUUGGUUGCUCUUAGGAUCUCUGGGUAGACUGAUAAAGGAUAGGAAUGAGCUCCGUGAGAAAAUUAACCAACUUCAGAAGAUGGUGAAGGGCAACGAAGAACUUAGUGAUAAAGUUGACCAGCUCCAGAUGCAGAUAAACAGUCUAGAGGUUUCUAAGUGUGUCCUGGAAGAGAAUCUCCUCGCCAGCAGCCACAGAGCUCAAGUUGCAGAAAAUCAAACUAAAGCCCUCGUUAUAAGGUUGGCUGAACUACAGCAAAAAUUCAGGUCCCAGCCUUGGAGGGUGUCAGCAGUUAAAGUAAGGGCAUUAGUUGGUGAAGAAUGGGAUCCAAUAACUUGGAGUGGGGAUGUGUGGGAGGACCCUGUUGACAAUGAGAACUUUGAACCCUCAGAUGCUCCAGAGUUUAUCUCACCUGACGAAGCGGUGCCCUCAGCCCCGCCCCUUGAAACAUCGCCUUUUUCACCUUUGACUGAGAAAAUUAAUCCUCCAUUGUCUGCUAAACCAGCAGUGACUUUCUCUGAAGGAGAUGCCAGCCAAGACAAUACUGAUGUCCCUCGGGGCUCUAGACCUGAAACUAGGCCUAAAGCAAAGCAGGCUUCUAGCAGGAAGGUAGAGCGUGUAGUCCGUGGGAAGGUGCACUACACUACUAAAGAGCUUAAUGAAUUUGCUGUUUCAUUCAAGCAGAAGUCUGGGGAGCAUGUGUGGGGAUGGGUGUUAAGGGUGUGGGAUAAUGGUGGAAGGAACAUAAAACUGGAUCAGACUGAGUUUAUUGAUAUGGGCCCUCUGAGUAGAGAUUCUCGGUUUAAUAUGGAAGCCCGCACAGUUAGAAAAGGUGUCAAAAGUUUGCUUGAAUGGUUGACUGAAGCAUUUAUUAAAAGGUGGCCUACUGAAAAGGAGUUGGAGAUGCCUGAUCUCCCCUGGCUUAGUGUUGAUGAAGGGAUUUUAAGGCUCAGGGAAAUUGCAAUGCUAGAAUGGAUAUACUGUGUACAACCUAAUCCUCCACAGUGGGAAAGCCCAGAAGACAUGCCCUUCACUAACCCUAUAAGGCGAAAAAUGGUGAGAGGGGCACCAGCACAUUUGAAGAGUUUUGUUGUCGCCCUUUUCCUUGUGCCAAACCUUAGGGUUGGCGAUGCUGCUGCUCAAUUGGAUGAAUUAAACGCAAUGGGUUUGAUUGAGCCCCCAGGUGGCAGGGGCCAAGUGGCAGCACUGAAUCACCAGAGGCAAGGUGAUCAUAGUUAUCAUAUUGGCAGCACAGACAAAACAGUGUCCAUAAUGGCCUGACCAGUCAGAAUAGUCAGCAUAGGAAAAGUGAAUUUCAUUUUGGCAUGAUUCGUACAGCCAUUUAGUACUGGCUAAUCAAUCAUGGUGUUUCCAGGCAUGAAAUGGAUAAGAAGCCUACAGCAUUUCUGUCUGAUCUGGAUAAGUAGAAAAUUUCUCAAACAAAUGAAAAAAAAAAAAAAGGCUACAUUAGAUCUUGAUAAAAUGUAGUCUUGCCAAUGAAUCAAUUUCCAGAUUUGAGCUAGUUUGCAGACGCAGAACCUCUUGAAUGUAGGGGUGGCUGGGUUCCUCUGAGGAAGAACCCUGAUCAGAUACCUAAAAGUUUUUUGUUGUUGUUGUUGUUGUUUUUGUUUUUCGAGACAGGGUUUCUCUGUGUAGUUUUGGAGCCUAUCCUGGCACUCACUCUGGAGACCAGGCUGGCCUCGAACUCACAGAGAUCCACCUGCCUCUGCCUCCCGAGUGCUGGAAUUAAAGGCGUGCACCACCAACCCCCGGCCAGAUACCUAAAAGUUUUAUACUUAGUCUUUCUCCAGUCCUUCCCCAUAAGAACCAGAGGCCUUUCACAAGGGUGACUGUACACCGGGGAAAAGGAAACAAUCACUUUCCAGGGUCUGUUGGAUGCUGGUUCUGAAUUGACAGAUUCCAGGAGAUCCCAAGAAACACCAUGGCCCUCCAGUUAAAAUGGGGGGCUUAUAGAGGCCAGGUGAUUAAUGGAGUUUUGGCUGAAGUCUGACUCACAGUAGGUCCCCAAACUCAUCCUGUGGUUAUCCUCCCAGUUCCAGAAUGUAUAAUUGGGAUAGAUAUACUUAGAAGUUGGCAGAAUUCUCACCUUGGUUUACUGACCUGUAGAGUGAGACUAUUAUGGUUAGAAAGGCUAAAUGGAAGCAUUUAGAGUUGCAGAGGCAACUGCCAAGGAAAAUAAUGAAUCAAAAACAAUAUUGCAUCCCUAGAGGAAUUGCAAAAAUUAGUGCCACCAUCAAGGACUUGAAAGAUGCAGGGAUGGUGGUUCCCACCACAUCUCCUUUUAACUCUCCUAUCUGGCCAGUGCAGAAGACAGAUGGGUCAUCAUGUUAAGUGCUCACCAAAAGAUGAUGUCAGCUGAGGAGGAGUUCAGUAACCUAGUAGAUAGCAUGACACAUUCUAUAGACAGUUAGCCUCUUUCCCUAGCCAUUCCUGUCAUUGCCCAGUGAACAAAGUGGCCAAGGUGGCAGAGAUGGGGUUAUUCGUCAGCUCGACAACAUGGACUUAGCCUCACAAAGGCUGACCUGGCUACAGCUGCUGCUGAGUGCCAGAUAUGCUAAGAGCAGAGACCAGCACUGAGCCCCAGAUACGGCACUAUUCCCUGGGAGGACCAGCCAGCAACCUGGUGGCAGGUUGACUACAUUGGACCACUUUCUCUGUGGAAAGGACAACACUUUGUCCUUACUGGAGUAGAUACUUAUUCUGUUUAUGGGUUUGCCUUUUCUGCACAUUAAUGCUUCUGCCAGAACCACCAUCUGUGGACUUAGAGAAUGUGUGAUCCACCGACGUGGUAUUCCACACAGUAUUCUUCUAACCAAGGAGCUCACUCCACAGCCAGAGAAGUGCAUCAGUGGCCCACGAUCAUGGAAUCCCAGGGUCUUACCAUGUUCCCCGCCAUCCUGAAGCAGCUGGCCUGAUAGAUGGAAUGACUUUUGAAGAUGUUGGACCCAAAAGUGAAGUCCAACUCUGGGAGACGCACCCCAC